UUAAUCUGUCUCUUUCUCUUCGCUUCUUCACUCUCAUACCUACGGUAUAUCAGGUUGUGUAAUGCACAACAACGCAUAGAAUCAUUGAAUCUUAGAGUAUCUUACUGCUGUGAUUCAUUUCUUUUUUCCUUUUCCGCCUGAACACACGUCUUUCGCUCUGUUUCCGAUUCCCGAUUGGACUCCUCCGCGUUUCUUUUUUCUCCUUUCUUCCUUAUCGACGGUUGAUGUCUUAUGGUGUUGAUCUGAGUAAUCUGGUGGAUCUUUAGCUAGGGGGUGAGUAUUCGUAGUACUCAUGUGAGAUUGCCAUCCAUGGCAAGCUGAUCAGCUCUACAACGGAGAAUGUAGUACAUAUUUGAGGACAUUCAUCAACGACAAGGCCAACUAUGGAGGGGUGGAUGGUGCGGUGUGGCCGUCGUAAGAUCGGGCGGUCGUUUUUCCGUAAACGCUAUUUUGUGCUGGAAUCCCUAGUUCUUGCGUACUACACGCGACAGCCAUCUGCCAACGAGGUUCCUAUUAAAACUCUUCCGAUUAAUGGAAAUUGUCGAGUGGAAGAUCGAGGGCUUAAGACUCAUCACGGCCGCAUUAUAUAUGUGCUUUCCACAUACAAUAAGAGAGGUAAAUCUCAUCGGAUGACGAUGGCUGCGUUUAAUGUGCAGGAUGCAUCUGCAUGGAAGGAAGCUUUGGAACAAGUCAUUGACCAGUGCUUGAUUCUGCACACAGCGGAUGUGAACAUGACCUUUCCACUUUCUGUAUUUAAAACACCAGUAGACCAAGGCCGGAAUGCAUCUUCCUCAGACCAUGAUAGCCAGGCCAAGAGUAGCAAAUCUCAACCCGAUGAUUAUUACGACAAGCAGCAGAAUCAACGUAGGCUCAGGACUGUUGGAAAUGGACCUCCAGAAUCAAUAAAAGUUUGGAGUGAGAGGAUGGAUCCAAAGUGGGAUAAUCUAAAUGCCAAUGCAGCUGCUUCUGCAAGAAGACAUUGGCACCUUGUUCGAUGUCAAAGUGGACUUCGAUUUUUUGAAGAAGUUCAGGAUGGUGUUCAAGCUGGCCGUCGCAAGGGAAUGAAGGCAGUUGGAGUGGUGGAGGCAUCUUGUGCAGAUGUUUUUGAGCUUAUCAUGGGUAUCAAUGAAACACGUUAUGAGUGGGACUGCAGCUUUCACAAAGCCCACGUGGUGCAGGAGGUUGAUGGUCACACUACAAUUCUUCAUCAACGUCUCCAGUUGGACUUUCUUCCCUUGUUCAUAUGGCCUCGGGACCUUUGCUAUCUGCGAUAUUGACGUCGCAAUGAUGAUGGAAGUUAUGUUAUUUUGUUCCGGUCUCAUGAUCAUCCGAGUUGCCCACCAGUGCCAGGGUGUGUUCGAGCUCAAAUUGAGAGUGGAGGUUUCAGUAUCUUUCCUCUAAAGCCACAUAAAAAUGGAGAACCUCGGGCACGUGUGCAGCAGUUGGUGCAUAUUGACUUGAAGGGUUGGGGUGCAAACUAUAUUCCGUUUUGCCAUCCUUACUCUGUUAUACAGAUCCUCAACAGUGUUGCUGGUCUCAGGGAGUGGUUUGCAGUACGGGAUGCUGUACCACCUGUAUAUAGGAUCCCUAAAUUAGGCUCUGGAAAGCUAAGACAGCGAUCUACACCUGAGAAAAUUGUUUCAGUACCUGAGGUGAUCGCAACCGGUGUAUCCAUGUCUGAUGAGUCUGAGUUCGAGGACGAUGACUUGCGGUACUAUAGUAAUCCUGAGCCCGACUUUGGAUCGGAGCAUUCCAGUGCAACAGAUUUGCUUUUGAAGCCACCACCUGUAAUUCCGGAUUUGUCAAUGUUAUCGGGCAAUCUUCGUAAGGGUGACCUCAAUAACGGGAAGAAUUGUUGGAGUAUUCCAGAUUGCAAUAGUUUCCGAAUUCGAAGCAAGCACUUUCUAAUUGAUCGUUCAAAGACUGCUGCAGGUGAACCAUUGAUGCAGCUUGUGGCAGUCGAUUGGUUUAGAGACAUCAAACGAAUUGAUCAUGUUUCUAAGAGAAAAGGCUGUGUUUCCCAGGUGGCUGGGGGGAUGGGACUUUUUACAGUUGCGUUCAAUGUUCAGUUGCCAGGUGCUUCCCACUACAGCAUGAUUUUCUACUUCGUUGCACCAUUGGCGCCACAAGGUUCGCUCUUGCGACGCUUUGUGGAUGGAGAUGACAAUUUUCGUAACAGUCGCCUCAAACUUAUACCUUCUAUUCCCCAGGGAUUCUGGAUUGUAAGACAGAGUAUAGGUACUACGCCUUGCAUUCUUGGCAAACCAGUAGAUUGUACAUAUCAUCGCGGUCCGAAUUACCUUGAGGUUGACGCAGACAUUGGAUCGUCAACAGUAGCUAAUGGUGUACUUGGGCUUGUUUUUGGUGUCGUGAGUGCAUUGGUUGUUGACAUGGCCUUCUUGAUUCAGGGAAAUGGCAUGGAAGAGCUUCCAGAGCGCUUGAUUGGUGCUGUUCGCGUAUUCCAUUUGUCCCUUGCGUCUGCAAUAUCACCCCCUUGUGCUGAUUAAUGUGCCUGCUAUCAAGCUGAAGUCCAAUUAUGUAAAUAUCUCUAAAACAUUAAAUUUGGUACAUGAGAUCCCUUACUUUGCGUGGUCUAUUUUUUCUGUGACCUUAAAUCGGUUCACCCAAUUUUUAGUCCAAAUAUCAUUUUUUACUUCUAGCUGUAGAUUACUGAUAAUCCAUCUAGCGUGUAAUUUUAAUCUAGUUUGUUGUUGAAGCCAACUUUCUCAUGCUAUCUCUUUUGUUGGAUUUCAAGUACAUGAUAUUGGGGGAUCAAUCACAUCACCUUCACAUCUGAAAA